AAUAUUUUUGCCACAACAAUAACUUAAAAUGUUAACUUUAACUUUAAUUGCUGUGCUAGUGCUACCAUGUCUAGCGGUCCUUCCAUCGGAGGUAUUGGAACUCUCCAACGCCAUCUCCCUGUUUUCACAGAAACUGUACCAGGAGAUCGCAAAGAACAAACCGCUGGCCAUAUACUCUCCACUCAGCGCUCACACCUGCCUCUCAAUGGUGUUGUUAGGGGCGCGGGGUGACACCGCAGAAGAAAUGGCGGCCACUUUACAGGUGACCAACAUGACAGACCCACACUCCGCCUACAACCAACUGAUACAAGAUCUCAAUUCAGUCCAAGAUGUGGAGCUGCUUAAAGCUAACGGCCUCUUCUUCAACCCUGCCAGCACCAUUCUUCCUGAAUACCAGAGUGCCAUUGUGAGCAAGUACGACGCCGUUUCCCAGGCCUUAGACUUCAACGCAGCCGGUGGCCCGGAAGCUCUGAUCAACUCCUGGGUGGCCAACAACACUGACAAUAAAAUCACUGACAUUCUGCAGCCGGGUGUCAUAAAUACUGACACUCAGCUGGUUCUAGUCAACACGAUCUUCUUCAACGCGACCUGGAGCUCUAUGUUCCAGGUGAAUAAAACAUCGAAGAAAGAUUUCACCAAGCCGGAUGGGUCGACAGUUCCGGUUGAUAUGAUGAAUCAGGUGUCCGGUUAUCAGAUCAAGCUCUCGGCCUUGAACAACAUUGAUGUCUUAAGAAUGUCUUUCGCUAAUCCGAGAUUCGCGUUCUAUAUCGCUUUGCCCAAAUCCAAACCCGAUCUUGACGAAAUGGAGAAAGCGCUAAGCAGUAACGACACGGCUGUAGACAGCCUCUUUAACGAUUUAACAGAUAAACAAGUAGAGCUCUUCUUACCGAAAUUUGCCCUCUCCGCUUCAAUGAACCUUAAAGCCGCGUUAUCCCAAAUGGGAAUGCCCACCGCGUUCAGUAACGCGGCGAAUUUUUCGGGAAUUACCGAUACCCCGUCGAAAAUUAGCGCGCUCCUGCAGAAAGCUGUCAUAGAGGUGCAAGAGUCUGGCACCGUGGCAGCGGCUGCGACGGCAGCGGUUCUUGUUCCAGUCAGCGCCGUGCAACCAGGUGAUGUGGUCACCUUUAACGUCGACCGCCCCUUCGUGUUUUUCAUUAGAGAUGAUCAGACUAAGGUACUAUUGUUCCAAGGUAAACUGGAAGAUCCUGCUAUCGGUGCUAUCAACAUUCCUUAAAAAGCUUUACUAGCGACGAAGCGUACUGGUCGAUAUUGCUUUAAAAUUCUAACUUAAUUUUAGUUAUCUAUAUCAUAUUUAAAUUGCAUUCAACAAAUAUAAUCGAUCGAAUUUUUAAAUACAAUACAUAAUGUGCUGUUUGUA